AUGGCCAAGGAAUCUUUCCAGAUUCACGAAGACGCGGAGACCUCCGAGAUAGACGAGAGCACACAAGCUCGCCCAGUCCAACGUCCCCAAGCUGACUACGGCGACGCACAAGAGGAGGAGAUGGACGAGGUAGCAGGGGAUGACAAUGAGGAAGACGGCGAUGUGGAGUCGUCAGACGACAACGAACCUGUCGAUAACAUGGUUCAGCAUGACAUGGAGAAGCUUCAAGAGACCUUCCCAAGUUUCAAGAGCCACUACCGUCUCAUCAAACGUAUAGGCGAGGGCACUUUCUCGACGGUCUACAAGGCUGAGGAUCUCCGCUAUAACUACUACAAUAACAAAUGGGACCUUGAUGCGCGAGAGAACCGGUGGACGCCACCGCCGAGGACCUCAUCACAGUCACAAAGCAACGCACCACCGCAAGACCGCAGGAAACCCAAAUUCGUCGCCGUCAAGAAGAUCUAUGUCACAUCCUCACCGAGUCGCAUCUUCAACGAGCUCGAGCUCUUACACGACCUGCGCGACUCGCCGGCUGUCUGUCCUCUCAUUACUGCCAUGCGCGAGGGGGACCAGGUGCUUGCGGUGCUACCGUACUUUCGACACCAAGAUUUCCGCAAAUACUACCCGAACAUGACGGUCUUCGACAUGAGACUGUACUUUCGGUCACUAUUCACGGCCCUGGCUGCUGUGCAUAAGCAAGCCAUCAUACAUCGAGAUAUUAAGCCGACGAACUUCCUGUACGACCCAGACAAGCGCCGCGGCGUCCUCGUCGACUUUGGUCUUGCCGAGCGCGAAGGCGUCGACUCGAAACCUUGCUUGUGCCACGAGGACUCUGCGGUCCGCAAGCAGCGUGUCCGCAAUUCAACAUCAGCACAAGUCGGCCCUCAACCUGGGUAUCCCAAGAACGAUACCCGUCCAUCUCGGCGUGCUAACCGCGCCGGCACGCGUGGGUUCCGUGCGCCAGAGGUUCUCUUCAAAUGCACAGAACAGACAACCAAGAUCGACAUUUGGUCCGCCGGCGUCAUCCUGCUGACCAUUCUAUGCCGGCGUUUCCCCUUUUUCAACAGCGCCGACGACGUCGAGGCCAUGAUUGAGAUAGCAACGAUUUUUGGCACGAAGCGGAUGAAGCAGUCGGGGGCACUGCACGGCUGUGUGUUUGAUACCAAUAUUCCCAGCAUUGGUGCCCAGGGAUUCUCCUUUGAAAAGAUCAUGCUCUGGAGCACGUGCCGUAGUGACGGCAAAGCGCAAAAGGGAGAUGCACUGUCCGAGGAGGAGAAGGAGGCGCUGGAAUUCCUAUCGCGCUGCAUGGACCUGGACCCGAACAAGCGCAUCAGCGCCGACGAGGCCCUUGAGCAUCCUUUCCUCAAAAUUGACGACGAGGACACCGAGGGUCAGGGCCCAGGCGAGAUGGAGGAGGAGGACGUCAUGUUAGUUUGA